AAAGGCAGUUUGUGUCCACAAACGAGAACUGUCUAAAGCCCAGCACUUCAAAACAACUAGCAGCAAGCUGUUAAAAAUGGAAGCUUUCAUAAAGAUUAUUUUAAGUUGUAUAUUUGUUGCUUUCCUGGCCAUCAGAUGGACCAACAAUUUUGAUGCAGAAUCUCUCAGAGGUGCCAAGGUAUUGGUGACUGGGUCCAGUAAAGGCAUCGGCGAACAAAUGGCAUAUCAUUAUGCCCGCUUUGGAGCAAAGAUUGUUAUUACAGCAAGAAGCAAGGACACGUUACAGAAGGUAGUAGAAAAGUGUCUGAGUUUGGGAGCCCAGGAGGCUUUUUAUAUAGCAGCAGACAUGUCCAAUGAGUCUGACCUUGAUCGAGUGGUAGAUUUUGCCUUGAAGAAGCUGGGAGGUUUGGAUUACCUGGUUCUCAAUCACAUCGGCUCGACCCGUGUCGCCAUGUGGGAUGGGGACGUAGAACAUGCCAAGUGGCUGAUGAAGAUCAAUUUCUUCAGCUAUAUUCAGAUGGCCUGGAAAGCUUUGCCCUCCCUAGAGAAAAAUAAAGGAUCGCUGGUGAUUGUUUCCUCACUUGCAGGUAAAAUGCCCAGUCCCUUAACAGCUCCAUAUGUCUCAACAAAAAGUGCCUUGAAUGGGUUCUUUGGGUCUCUUCGUCAUGAGUUGGCUAUGAAGAAGAGCAAUGUGUCCAUCUCUGUGUGCACACUGGGGCUCAUUGAUACCGAAACAGCCAUGAGCAAAGUCAAGGGAAAGGUUAACAUGCCAGCCUACCCCGCCACAGAGGCCGCGCUGAACAUCAUCAUCACGGGAGCUACGAGACAGCCAGAGCUUUUCUACCCCUGGUUCACAUACAUUUGGACUCUCACCAAAGAUUGGAUUCCUUCUUUUACAGACUAUGUGGUCCAGCGCUCCUACAACUACAACCCAUGAAGAACAUUUAUCUGAAGCACAAUUAUACACCUCUUUAAUUAAAAACACAGAAAUUUG